GCGACACAUGUCACGAACCAUGUACGAUACCCCCGAUUGCCACUACGUAUUCCCCGCUGUUUGACGCCUCCCCACCCCCCAAACCAACCCCAUCCUUAUGCUCUCCUUUUCGCCCUCGUCGGAGUACAUUUCCCCUGCCUACGAAACCAUUGAUCAGCAUCUCGGCGCCGGAGUCCAGGAGUCAAUUGUGCGCUUUUUGGAGGAUACCCUCUGUGAUGCUGACGCGUCGUGCCGUAUCGUCGGCUUGGGCGGUUUUGAUCAGCCACUUUGGUGUGGAGGGCCGCUGUAGUCUUUUUUUGUCAUGUUUUGAAAGGGCGGCAUUUGCAAGCAGCCUUGCGUGCGUGUUUUUUUCUUUCUUUCUCUCAGAUUCCUACCUACACCUUCAUAGUCUCUCGCUACUAAUACGCAUGUUGCACACGCUUCGUGGGAUGGCACCGAAGGCAGUCCGGGUACCCGAAAGGAAUAUCUUCUUUUUUUUUUCAUGUGAGUAGUGUUUGUGGAACUUGAGUCCAUGGUUUGGGUUUCGGCAGGACCGACUUGAUGGAAAUUUUCUUGUUUUUAUUUUGUUUUUUAAUUGCGCGAGCGAUAUCCAGAUGUACGAUACGAAAUACCAUGGUGUCAGGCCAGCGUAGUUUGCAAUGCGCUGUUGUUUAAUGCAAUUGAGCUGCAGGGCUCUUGUUUGUUAGUCGAGACGAGUGCGGUUGACAGAUGGACGACGGGGUG